CAAGAAAAAAAAAGUGGGGGAAAAGAGAAGAAUGACCUGAGUGACCAACCGAUCCUCCGCCUCCACGCCCGCCUUGUUGAGCGUUUCCGUUCCUCACUGCACCUGCACACCACCAAAUUCCAAAUCCAAUUCCACUUCCACUUCGGAUACCCCCAUGGCCUAUCACACCUGUUGCUGAAUCCCCGCUUUCUUCGACGGCCGGACGGCGUACACGCCCUAGCUAAUUGAUGCUUGCUUCAGCCCAGGGUUUUCCGACGAAUCCUCUCCUCUUCCAGCCAAUUGCAGUUUGCGGCUGUGCUAGGCUAGGCUAGGCUUUCCUCAGCAGCACUUCCGCCCUUCGGCUCUUGUGGCUGAUCGAAUUGGCUCGCUGCUUCCAUCGGCAAUCCAAUCGGGAGAUGGCUACCACUCAGUUCGCCAUGGUUGAGGAGCUGGCCUCGCUCAUCAAGGACAACCUGCACAGCAAGCACCUUAUCCUCUCCACUGAGGAGUCCCUCAUAGCAGCCCUCCAGCAGCUCCACUGCCGCGACGGCGACGGCGACCUUGAAGAGGACGGCGACGCGGCGGAUACGAUAGAGCUCCAGCCUGCCGGGGCCUACCACCGCCUUCUCUUGCAUCGCCUUGCUGAAAUUUAUGGGUUCGCUCAUGAAUCGGUUGGUGAAGGCGAGGAUCGACAUUUAGUCCUCCAGCGCUGCCCUGAAACAGCCAUCCCAUCUGUCCUUGUUAGUGAUAUGUUAUGGAAGUUUGAUUACAGCGAUGAUCUGACGUCUGUUGUGCUAACCAGAAAUGAUACAGAUUUUCAAAAACCUCAGAAGGCAGAUGUUGCCAAAGAAGCUGUUUCUGUUAAAAACUCGCAUCUGAAAGAUAAUACAGACCUGAAACCUCUGAAGCAGCCAGCAGUACUUCCAGCAGCAUCGUUGAAGGAGAGGGAAGCUGCUUAUCGAGCUGCUCGUGAGCGAAUCUUCUCUGGGGAUGAUCCCAAGGGAAAUGAUAGGUCACAUAUGAAAUGUAGACAGGUUCCUGUCGUUGCUCAACGGAUGAUUGCCCAUGCACUCGGUCAAAAGGUUCAAAAUACCACAGACACAGUUGCCUCCACAGAAAGCAGAGGAAAACAGCUGUCGAAUGGGAAAAAUAUUCCGACACAUAGCAGGAACAACUUCUGCCCAGUUACACCAGAUAAUAGAGAAGCAGUUCGAAAUGGGAAGCCAAACUCAGCUGGUAGUAACUCGUAUCAAACUCCAUCAAGCCAAAGGUGCCGCACAACUAAUACUAGAGCUGUUACUGCUGAAAGCUUGAAGAAAGAGCAGACUGGAGCAGCUAAAAGAAUGUUUGCACAUGCACUGGGGCUGUCUGCAGCUCGAGGAAGUUGUGGUGCACUGCCCAAACCGAAGUAAAGAUCUGGAGUUGAGAAUGCGGAUAAGUGGAGAAGGUUGCCAGUUGCCUAUGGAAGCUCCCACUGAGCUUCCUGUCCUGUCAUAUGUAUGCCGUGGGAUGAGCCUGCAACAGUUGGUGCUCUUUUGUGCCAUCUACUUCUGUGAAAUGGUUUUUGCUAUGUGGUAGCAGAUGAAAGGGGUUAUUGGUUGGAAUGUUAAUUGUUGGACCCAGAGAGGAUAUGUGGGUUCGAAAGGCAAGCCCAGUUGGGGAAAGAGCUUGCUGGAUACGCAUGGUAUGACAAGCCAAGUGGAAGUGCUUCACCAGAGUGGAAUGAAAGAAAAAUGAUCCUCGAUGCUCGUAUUGUACUUUGGUUAUAUCGCUCUAGGUUGCUGCAAUAUGUUUACUCUAGGAUGUUAUCCAAUGCUGUUAUUUUUUUCCCCUUUGACUAUACCUAUGUAAGAAUGACUUGCUGGAUUUGUGGUGUCGUCUUGAUUUAAUUUGCACCCUCAAGUUAAAUGUUUGUAUUUGAUUUACGUAA